UCACCAUCAUCAACUAAUAUAGAAUUUUAGAUCAAUAUACUUCCAAGGUAUUUAUUAUUCAUGUGACAGCGGGAUUUCUAAAUUUAUUCGAUAUACUUUCUCAAGUUAUACCAAAUCUAUCUUCACCUAUUAACCCACUAUAUCUCUAUGUGAAUUUAAAUAGAUAAAGACGCAUUAUGUUCUAUGAAAUUCCCUAGUUUACGUGGAAAAUUUAAGUCCACUUAUCACUAAUGCUGCACAAAUCACGUUGGUCCAUCUCUGGCUUUCAUUCAAUUCAUGGUAUAUAUUACUAAAAGCUAUUGCAUAAAAUCUCCUCUCGGUCUCAAUUAUGCUCUUAAAAUCAGUUUUAAUGGUGGCCAAUCAUAAAAAAGCAUUAAGAACAAUAAUAUAUACUCAACAUGAAAUAAUAACCCUUGAAAAUAUAAAAAUCAUAAAAUUCUAUAUUAAAUUGAUCAGGCUACAUCGUAGCCUUAGAUGGCAAAAUUAGUUCAUACUAAACCUGAUAAAAUCUGAGAUUAAAUUGAUGAACCACAAUUCCAUAUCCAAACAAAGGAAAAAUAAGUCUAACUCCGAUCGGUGGCCUGAAGUGUUGCGCUUGUCCCUUUGUUUUGGAUUGAAGUGUCCAGCGGCUGCCCUUGCGUCUGCCGUCACCCACACAGAAUCUGCGCAAGCUUCUGCCUCAAACUCGCCUCAAAGCUCUCUGCCGUCUGCUUCCCUUUUUUCUCCCGUCACUCCACACGGAAGUCUCCAGCGGCUGCCCCUUUUUAUAUUCAAUAAUGUGCUCUGCCUUUUAAAACUCCGUGUGCCCUUUCUCUUUUUAAAGACCAUCUUUAUCUCCUUGUGGAGAUAAAGCCCACAAUGUCUCCACGUGUAUGCAGAGGAGAAAUUAAAUUCUGAUCUUUAAA